AUGGCGAAAACCCACCAGGUGCUAACGACACCUCCCCAGGGCACCAUCGUGCCUGAGCACUCGUACAACGACGAUCAGAAGGCGCAGAUACAGGCUUUGCGAGAGUAUGCGGAAACCGCGCUACUGCCAGAGUCGGACUCCUAUCGCCCAUGGGAGCUGCGAUGGCUGGACAAGCCGGACACCAUGGUGCGCUACAUGCGCGCGGCAAAAUGGAAUCUGGAGGACGCGAAGCGGCGGCUGAAGGACACCAUGGAAUGGCGACGCGAUUUCAAGCCCGAUUUGAUUGCUCCUGACGAGGUACGCAUCGAGAGCGAAACUGGAAAGAUCAUCCUCAACGGUUUCGAUAUUGAUGGCCGGCCGAUCAUAUACAUGCGCCCUGGCCGGGAGAACACCGAGACGAGCCCCCGACAACUCCGGCAUUUAGUGUGGUGUUUGGAACGGGCAAAGGACCUCAUGCCACCAGGUCAAGAGUCUGUGACGAUUAUUAUAGAUUAUAAGAGUACCACUCUCAGGACUAGCCCUUCUGUUUCCAUUGGACGCAAAGUACUGAAUAUCCUGCAAAACCACUACGUCGAGACCCUUGGCAGAGGCCUUAUUAUCAACCUUCCAUUUCUUCUGAACUUUUUCUUCAAGGGUAUCACUCCGUUCCUGGACCCUAUAACACGGGACAAAAUGCGGUUCAAUCCUGACCUUUCGGAGCUUGUUUCGAAGGAACAGCUCGACGCAGACUUCGGCGGUGACUUCGAGUACGAGUUCGAGCCCACCAGCUAUUGGGAGCAAAUUGUUACGGCUUGCAAAAUUGCACCAGAUGGAACGCGAGUUGCAGACGCACCUCCUUCUCAGCCUGACGCCUCUGUCAUUUCGCCCCCGAUUGAGACUCUCGCCGAAGUAGAUGCUAUCGCGUAA